UUUACAGUUUGGUAGCCUGAUAAUCAGCUGUUUGUUUGUAAUUUGUUUAACAUAAAAAUAUUAAAUGCGCUGCGCUGUGAAAAAUUGCGGUAAUAAUAAUCGCAUUUCCAAUAGAACGAAAUGGCGAUACUUUCACUUCCCCAAAGAACAGCCAAACCUCCAAAGGUGGAUAGAUUUUUGCCAGCGAGAUAAUAUAAACCCCAACACAGCGUGCAUUUGCAAUGAGCACUUUGCACCCGAUGACUUUGAGCGAAAUAUGCAGUACGAACUGGGCUUUAGCCGCAAAAAUCCAACAAAACUAAAGACCGGCUCAUUUCCGAGUGUGAAUGGACCCCAAAAGUUGGCGAAGGAACUGCGAGGAAGUAUCAAAAGGGGCUCCAAAAAUGUUUUCUUAGCUGGGUCUACGAAAAUAUCCAACAUAGGCUUUGAUCUACUCCAGGAAGGAACGCAAUCCUCGGAAGGCCACGAAACCAUAGAAAUCGAACUCUGUGAUUUUAAUACAGAUUAUGAGGGCUUCGAAGAAACCGAAGAUGACGACAGUCUUUCAAGUUCCAGGCUCGUGGAAGUAGAAAUAUUGGAUCCUCUUAACCCGCAGUCAAAUGCCAAGGAUCAUGUGGAGAUAAUCGAUUCGGAAGGGGACAACUAUGUAAAGCACUUGGAGCUCGAAAUAUGCUCCUUGAAACGUGAGGUAAUUUUCCUCAAAGACGAAUACCAGAAGAUAAAGGCUGAAAUGCGUAAUCUCAAGGACACAAUUAAAAGAUCAGAGGAACAACUCGCAGAAAAACAACUCCAAGGUGUUGUUAAAAGUAUAAAGAGGAAACCCCAGAUUUGAAAAAGACCAGAUAUCAACGAAAACAUAAACGACUGACCAGUUAUUAAAAGCUGAUAUGAAGCGUAAUUAGAUAUACAUAAAUGUAGAACAAAAUAAUAAUAUAUUAUGUAUGACUUAUCGAAUCUGUAUUUGAAUCCAACAGAAUUAAAAGU